CAACUUUCUGGAAAGUUUCGACUGCUAUCGUGGCAUGCCAAUUGCAAUUUGAAACAAAACCCAUUGUCGUGAAUCCAGUUAAACAAACAGUAGUUUAAGUUUAAGCGAUCAUGAGUACGUCCUCUUGCAUUCUGGAAGUAUGUGUCGAUAGUUUGGAGUCUGCCAGGAACGCUGAACUUGGCGGUGCCAGUCGUUUAGAACUGUGUUCGAGCUUGUCAUUGGGAGGUUUAACGCCCACUGUCGGUCUUGUUCAAUCAGUCAAGAAAUGCGUCAAGUUACCCAUUUACGUCAUGAUUCGACCUCGUGAUGGCGAUUUCGUCUACGACGAGGACGAGCUGCUUGUCAUGGAACAAGACAUUACAUCUCUCAAGGAAGUCCAAGUUGAUGGAUUCGUUUUCGGUGUUCUUCAUCCAGACUGCACCGUUGACCGCGAAGCCUGUCUUCGAUUGAUUAGUUCUGCCUACCCACUACCGUGCACUUUCCACCGGGCUUUCGAUGUUACGACGGAUGCUUUUGUUGCCAUGGAGGAACUCAUUCAACUAGGUUUUCGUCGGAUUCUGACGAGCGGCCAACAGCAGACGGCCGAAACUGGUUUGGAACUCAUUGUCCGUUUGCGAGAAAGAGCCGGUGAACGGAUCGUCAUCAUGGCCGGAGCAGGUGUGACGGAACGUAACGCCUCUUCCAUUGUGAUGGCAUCGCGAGUUACGGAGAUUCACGGUUCAGCCAGCCGACAGCGUGAGUCUCGGCCCAAUUCAAUCCGCAUGGGUAGCGAGCCGGAAGUUGGGCGUAAACGGGUUACUUCUCCAGAUCUCGUCAAACUCAUUGUACAAUCCAUAUCCGACCACGCUCCAGUUGGUUGUCAAACAGAAUGAAAUUUUGUUUUUCUGUCAUUUUUCAUUUAGGACAACCGUUAUUGUAUACAUGCAUUUGCUUGCAUAUUUUUCAUUGGAUUUACGCUCUAAUUAACGGCUCUUCCUGUUGACAUUAUCACAAUCCUAUGAAGAUCCUUUCUUCGUCCUUUUUUUCAAAACAUUGUUUGUUACAGUUGCCAACUCUGGAUAUUGUAAGUGUCGGUUUUGAACGCCAAUUUAACAAAGAACCGUAGCAAAAAAAAAAAUAAAAAAAUAAAUACAUUUAAUAGUCCAUA